UCCUCCGCUGCGGGGACACGGAGAAAGAAAACUUACAGCGUCUUCUUAUGCUUUGUCCUGGCUGGAAUUAACGGACAUAUCGAGUAAUAAGACUUUUCCGCAGACGGUAACCAGCACAAUUUUGAUACCCGCCUUUAACGAAACGUUUUUACCAUCAUUUCAGCCCGACGAUAGAUCCCCGCCGACUUCAGCGGAAGGAUAUGUGUGUUUGUUUCUUGGCUAGCAGUGGCUUCAGUGUGUGGCACACGUACGGAGGUGGGAGACGCUUCGGCCCCGUGUGUCACUGAGUAGAAAGUCACAUUUACGUAUAUUUUUUUUUAUAAUGUUAUAACGUAAGGGCUCGGAGCAGUAACACGUGUACAAGAAUACCGAGAUGUUGUAAUUUGGCACGACACGUAAUUUUUUUCCCCUCUUAACUGUGUGUUAGCCGUUUCCGACGAGACUUUUUGAGAACUAACCGUCCUGGGAGACAGCUCAACUCUGGGCUGGCGACCUUAUGUGGAUUUUACAGAAAAUAUGGAGCAGAUCCCCGGUUUCUCCUCGGGCAAGUCACUAGUCUUUUUCUCCUGCUUCAUCCACCUCUCUUUGGCUCUGCAAUGUAUGGAUGAUAAGGCGCCUUGUGUUAACAACGCUACAUGUCUGACCUUUACCAAUGGCACUGAAUACUGCAGGUGUGCACCUGGCUUCCUGGGUGAGUAUUGCCACCACAAGGACCCUUGUCAACCUGGCUACUGUCUGAAUGGAGGGAACUGCUCAGUUUCCAUGUCAGCUGGUGUACCUGUACCAGGCAGCGCCACCUGCACCUGCCCUCUUGGCUUCACUGGACAGCACUGCCAAACUCCCCAAAAUUCCACAUGUUACCCCAACAACCCCUGUGCCAACAAAGGUUUCUGCACCCUGCUGUCCCUCGACAAGUACAAGUGCGAGUGUGCCAGAGGAUGGACAGGACCACGAUGUGAGCAUGAAGACAGCUGUCUAUCUAGUCCCUGUGCCAACGGUGGGAAGUGCAGCUCUCCAUCUGCUGGUAGCUACAAAUGUUCCUGUCCUCCUGGCUACAUAGGUUCUCGCUGCCUUAAUGACACAGAUGAAUGUGCCGCCACACCUUCUAUAUGCCAGAAUGAAGGAGUAUGCAUCAACACCCCUGGCUCCUACAAGUGUUUCUGUGCCCCAGGGUUUACGGGCCGACAUUGUGAAAGUUCCUACAUCCCAUGCUCUCCUUCACCAUGCCUAAAUGGAGGCACCUGCCACCAGAACUCUGAAACCAGUUACUCAUGCCACUGCCUUCCAGGUUUCAAUGGGACUAACUGUGAGAACAACAUCGAUGACUGCCCCGGUCAUCAGUGUGCCAAUGGCGGAACCUGCAUGGACGGAGUCAACACUUACAACUGUCAGUGCCCUCCAGAGUGGACUGGUCAGCACUGUACAGAGGAUGUGGAUGAGUGUCGUCUACAGCCAAACACUUGCCAGAACGGGGGCACCUGUAGCAACCUGAUCGGCAGCUAUGUGUGCGUGUGCGUUAAUGGCUGGAGUGGCCCCGACUGCUCUGAGAACAUUGAUGACUGUGCUACAGCUGCAUGCAGCCCAGGCUCCACAUGCAUCGACCGCGUUGCCUCGUUUAUCUGUGUCUGCCCUUACGGAAAGACAGGUUUGCUGUGCCACAGAGAUGAUGCCUGUAUCAGUAACCCCUGCAGAGAGGGCUCUCAGUGUGACACCAACCCCAUCAGUGGCAUGUUCAACUGUAACUGUCCACCUGGAUAUGUAGGCAACACAUGCAACAUCGACAGAGAUGAAUGCAGCAUUGGUACCAACCCUUGUGAGCAUGGUGGUCAGUGUGUGAACACUGAUGGCUCCUUCACCUGUAACUGUGUUAGGGGUUACGCUGGGCCGCGCUGUGAACAAGAUGUCAACGAGUGCGCUUCGAACCCCUGCCAGAACGAUGGCACUUGUCUGGAUCGCAUUGGGGACUACACCUGCAUCUGCAUGCCUGGAUUUGAGGGGACUCAUUGUGAGAUAGAAGUGGAUGAGUGUCUCAGCUCCCCCUGUCUGAACCAGGGUAAAUGUGUGGACCAGGUCAGCCGCUUUGUCUGCGAGUGCCCAGCAGGCUUCAGUGGUGAAAUGUGUCAGAUAGACAUUGAUGAGUGCUCAAGCACACCCUGUUUAAAUGGGGCCAAGUGUAUCGACCGACCCAACGGAUAUGAUUGUGAAUGUGCUGAAGGCUUCACUGGUCUAUUAUGUGAGGAGAACAUCAAUGAAUGCAUACCAGAGCCAUGCCACCAUGGUGUGUGUAAAGAUGGCAUCGCCACCUUCUCCUGUGAGUGCUAUCCUGGAUAUACAGGCUCCAUCUGUAAUAUCCAGGUCCAAGAGUGCCACAGCAACCCUUGUCAGAACCGAGGACGCUGCAUCGACCUGGUCAAUGCUUACCAAUGUAACUGCCCAGCAGGAACUACUGGGGUAAACUGUGAGAUCAAUGAAGAUGACUGUGCCAGCAACCCCUGUGAGUACGGAGAGUGCCAGGAUGGCAUUAACGAGUACAAAUGUGUGUGCGCCCCAGGAUAUACAGGAGUUAAAUGCGAUGUGGAGAUCAACGAGUGUAACUCAAACCCAUGCAUGAGUGGGGGAACCUGUGUGGACAAGGUCAACGGGUUCCAAUGCUUGUGCCCACCCAGCACCCACGGCCCUCUGUGCCUCUCUGGGACAGACCACUGUGCUCCUCAGCCUUGUGUGCAUGGAGAAUGUAUUGAACAGCAACAUGGGUACCGCUGUGAGUGUGAAGCUGGCUGGGUGGGACAGCACUGUGAGCAGGAAAAGGAUGAGUGCCAGCCCAGUCCGUGCCAAAAUGGUGGCACCUGUUUGGACCGACAUAAUGGCUACACCUGCCAGUGCCAACCUGGAUUCAGAGGUGUGAAUUGUGAGAAGAACAUAGAUGAAUGUGCAUCUGGGCCCUGUCUAAACCAAGGCUUUUGUAUAGAUGGAAUCAAUAGUUACACCUGCCAGUGUAGUCCACCAUUCACGGGUAAACACUGUGAGGUGGAACAGGUUCCCUGUGCCUCUCAUCCAUGUGAGAGGGGAGGAGUUUGUCAUCCAUCUGCAGACUACACCUCUUACACCUGUCGGUGUCCCACUGGUUGGCAAGGUCAGCGCUGCAGUGAGGAUGUGAAUGAAUGCAAAAAGAACCCUUGCAAAAAUGGUGGCCGUUGCAUGAACAGCCCAGGCAGCUAUACGUGUAAAUGUCAACCCGGAUACAGCGGACACAACUGUCAGACAGACAUUGACGACUGCUCACCCAACCCAUGCCUGAAUGGAGGCUCCUGUGUGGACGAUGUUGGGAGUUUCUCUUGUGACUGCCGCCCGGGUUUUGAAGGGGAGCGCUGUGAGACUGAGGUAGAUGAGUGCGCCAGCCAGCCCUGCAGGAACGGUGCCAUCUGCCGGGACUACGUCAACAGCUUUGUGUGCGAGUGCCGACCGGGCUUUGAUGGAAUCCUGUGCGAACACAACAUACUUGAAUGUACUGAGAGCUCCUGCCUGAAUAAUGGGACUUGCAUUGAUUACAUCAACACUUUCUCUUGCCGUUGCCGUCCUGGUUUUUACGGGACAUUCUGUGAGUACGAGCAGAACGAGUGCGACUCUCAGCCAUGUAAACACGGAGGAACCUGCACCGACGGCCUGGGCACCUAUCGCUGCACCUGCCCCAUGGGAUACAGUGGACAGAACUGCCAGAACCUUGUCAACCUGUGCAGCCAGGUGCGCUGUCUCAAUGGCGGCUCCUGCUCUCAGGAAAUAACCCACUGGAAGUGCCACUGUCAAAUGGAAUGGACGGGACUUUAUUGUGAUGUUCCCAGCAUGUCCUGCCAAGACUAUGCUGCUAAAAACGGUCUGGAGGUGGAGAACGUGUGUAAGAAUGCUGGGCAGUGUGUAAAUCUGGGUAAUUCCCACCAGUGCAAGUGCCAGCCAGGAUACAUGGGCAGUUACUGUGAAGAGAUGGUCGAUGAGUGCCAGUCAAACCCUUGUCGCAAUGGAGCUACAUGCAAGGACUAUCAGGGCACAUACGAGUGUAUAUGUAAACCGGGCUACCAGGGGGUGAACUGUGAGUAUGAUGUGGAUGAAUGCCACUCUAAGCCCUGCCUUCAUGGAGGAACCUGUAUCAACCUCAUAAACCGCUUUACCUGCGCCUGCCCACCUGGAACACACGGGCUCCAGUGUGAAGUUAAUGUGGAUGACUGUGCGCCCAAGCCUGGCUCCUGGGAGCCUCGCUGUCGGAAUGGAGGACAGUGUGUGGACGGUGUAGGCCGUUACACGUGCUCUUGCCCUCCAGGAUUCGUUGGAGAACACUGUGAGGGAGAUCUCAACGAAUGCCGGUCUGGGCCCUGCCACUCUCCUGGCAGCCUCGACUGUGUGCAGCUGGUUAACAAUUACCAGUGUCGCUGUCGCCUCGGAUACAUGGGUCGUCAUUGUGAGUCCAUGGUGGAUCUGUGUCUGUCUAAGCCGUGCCACAACGGUGGCGUCUGCUCUAUGAACAUGAGCUCAGUACAUGGCUACACCUGCUCCUGUGCUUCUGGUUUUACUGGGUUCAACUGUGAAAUAGAAAUAGAAGGCCACUGUGCAAAGCUACGUUGCCAGAAUGGUGGGCGCUGUGUGGAGUCACCAGUCGGCCACCUGUACUGCCAGUGCCAGCCUGGCUUCACCGGCCUACACUGUGAGAAUGAACAGAGGUGUCAGUGGAGCUGCCAAAAUGGAGGAACCUGCGUCAAAGACCCGUCCAAUCCGAACCAGUACAGCUGCCGCUGUCCCAUGCGCUUCUCCGGACGAUACUGUGAGAACACACUACUUGUAACAGUCACUCCAACCUGCCCCUAUCCGCAGUGUGAGCGGCAGUCAGGGGAUAAGGUGUGUGACGAUCAGUGUAACAACCAUGAAUGCAAGUGGGAUGGAGGAGACUGCUCGCUCAACUGGCAACAGCCUUGGGUUAACUGCACUGCCAGUGUUCCCUGCUGGGAUCUCUUUAAGAAUGGCCAUUGUGAUAAGGAGUGUGACAACCCUGGGUGCCUCUUUGACAGCUUUGAGUGCUGGGAGACCACACCGACCCCCUGCAAGUAUGACAAGUACUGCGCAGACCACUACCAUAAUGGCAUCUGCGACCAGAGCUGCUACACGGCGGCUUGUGGCUGGGAUGGCCUGGACUGUUCUACCGACAUUCCAGCCAACGUGGCGAUUGGCACUCUGGUUAUCGUGGUCCGGCUGCAACCCGAGGAGCUGAUUGGGGACUUAAACGGUUUCUUGCGCUCCCUGGGAGCCCUGCUGCACACCAACCUGCACGUGAAGCGGGAUAAAAAUAAUAACCCAAUGGUGUACCCUUACUAUGGGGUGGAGGAGGAGCAGGGACGACACAUACAGAGGAGCAGAAGCAAGCGGGAGCUGGAGAGGGAGGUUAUUGGCUCUGAGGUGCACCUACAAAUUGACAACCGAGAAUGUUCCCAGAGUUCUGUCGACUGUUUCUCCAACACUGAUGAGGCUGCGUCCUACAUUGCAGCAGCACACAUCAAGGCUGAACUGCCUUACCCUCUAGUAACUGUUAAAAGUGACCCGACCGUGCCAUCUAAGCCAUUGUAUCUGAUGUACCUGAUUGGAGUGUCCGUGGUUAUUAUUCUGCUUAUCCUGGUGCUGGGGGUGCUAGCAGCCAAGAGGAAGCAUAAACACGGUGUCCUGUGGCUGCCUGAUGGCUUUUUGGCCAGUAAAAAUGACAAGAGGAGAGAGCCUGUCGGACAAGAUGACUUUGACAUGAAGAAUUUCAAGAGCCAGGAUGGAGCCAUGAUUGAUGGAGGUCAGAGUCAGAGAUGGCUGGAAGAAGAGGUCCCAUCCAAGAAGCCAAGAACUGAAGACAAACCCCUGCUGCCCAUUGCUAUGGAUGGAGGCGUUGACCAAAGGGAGUGGACCUUGCAGCACCGCAAGGCUGCUGACAUCACGCUCACUCCCCCACAAGCCGACCUGGAUGCUGACUGUCUGGAUGUUAACGUCAAGGGACCUGACGGCUUCACCCCGCUGAUGUUGGCAUCGCUGCGUAACGGUGGAGGCCCGGACUGCAGCCUGCACGGAGAAGAGGAGGAGGAGAGUGGAGGAGAUGAACCAGGGCCGAGUAUCAUUUCAGACCUUAUCGCUCAGGGGGCUUCACUGAUGGCCCAGACAGACCGCACAGGAGAAACAGCGCUCCACCUGGCUGCUCGCUAUGCCAGAGCGGAUGCUGCUAAGAGACUGCUGGACGCUGGAGCUGAUCCCAACGCCCAUGACAACAUGGGCAGAACUCCUCUGCAUGCUGCCGUGGCGGCAGAUGCCCAGGGAGUCUUCCAGAUUCUGAUUCGUAAUCGUGCAACAGAGCUGGAUGCCCGGAUGAAUGACGGCACUACUCCCCUGAUCCUGGCAGCCAGGCUAGCUGUGGAGGGCAUGGUGGAAGAGCUGAUCCACUGCCACGCUGACAUCAAUGCAGUAGACGACCAUGGCAAAUCUGCUCUGCACUGGGCAGCUGCAGUUAAUAAUGUGGAGGCCACUCUUGUGCUUUUGAAGAAUGGAGCCAACCGUGACAUGCAAGACAAUAAGGAGGAGACCCCACUCUUCCUGGCAGCCAGAGAAGGCAGCUUCGAGGCAGCUCAGGUUCUCCUUGAUCACUACUCAAACCGUGACAUCACUGACCACUUGGAUCGGCUGCCACGCGAUACCGCUCAAGAACGUAUGCAUCAUGACAUAGUCCGCCUGCUGGACCAGUACAAUUUGGUGCACAGUCCACACAACGGGCCUAACCACAUGGGUGGAGGAGGAAACUCGGUUAUGUGUGGGGCCAAUGGAGCAGGCUUCAUUGGCAUGCGCCCCGGACCACAGGGGAAGAAGAGCAGGAGGGGCGGAGGUGGGGCGAAGGUGGGAGGUGUUGGCGGGGGAGCUAAGGAGUUGAAAGACAUGAAGGCAAAGAGAAGAAAGAAGCCUGCUGGAGGUGAGGGGCCAGGCGUGGGUGCUGGAGUGGGAGGGGGAAGCGGAGGAGGUACGGGAGGAGGGAGCACGAAUGGCAUGAAGGCAGCAGGAGGACUUCCAGAGAGCUCUGUCACCAUGUCACCUGUUGACUCCCUGGAAUCACCACACUCAUACACAGGUGAUGUGUCCGGCGCUGUCUCCACAACAGCAAACUCCCCUCCCCUCCUAAGCAGCCCCACCUCCAGACCAAUGCUGCCCCCUGUCAGCCACAUGCUUGGACAGCAGCAGGGCUGGGUGGGCAUGACCAAGCACGGCUACAGCGGCCACAUGUUCGGCCUCGUACCGCACCAGAUGGGGGGAUCUCACCCUGGCAUGGGCCAACACCAUGGCCAGGGCCCAAUGCUGACCCCCAUGAAUGUCACCAUGAGCAGAGAGCAGCUGCCGCCCAUUGUUACGUUCCAGAUGAUGGCUCCUGGAGGAGGCCAGGCUAUGUUGAAGCAGCCACAGCCUGGGCAGGUACAAGUCACGCAGUCCCAGGGGCAGAACCAGAGUCAGGGUCGCCCCCAGCAGGCGCCAAGCCACCUCCACUGCACCCAAGGUAUGAUGUACCAGAUACCUGAGCAGAUGAGCAUGACGCACGGGCUCUCCCACAGCCUGCAGCACCCCCACACCGUCGGCCACGGAGGGAUCGAAGGCCAGUCUCGACCACUGCCCUCCUAUCCGCCCAUGCAGAGCCCUGUGGAUAAAUACCCCACACCCCCUUCCCAGCACAGUUACGCCACUGCUGGCUCAGAGGGCACCACCCCCGGCCACUCUGCCCAUCCACCCAGCGAGCACCCGUAUCUCACCCCUUCACCAGAAUCCCCAGACCCUUGGUCGUCCUCGUCGCCUCACUCCAACUCAGACUGGUCUGACGUCACCACCAGCCCCACCCCUCUGGGGAACCCACACCACGCACUAGCAUCAUCACACCACACACACAUUCCAGAGCAGGUGCAGCCGCAGCCGCAGUCGCAACAGAUGCAGCAGGCCUCUCAACAGCCGCAGCUUGGAAACAUGCAGGUGUUUGCGUAAGCAGGCCGGAGGACAGCUUGAAACAGACUGACUUUGGGGUUUUGUGUAGUUAAAUAACAACACAUGAUAACUCAUUCAAUGCUUUUCUCAUCUCUUUUAUUAAUUCUCUUUGUAUGUUCGUCAUUGUUAUUAUCGGUCACCUCCCCUUUUACGUUUUCUUCUCCUCUUUGCACUUAAGAAAACUGUCUAUAGUUUCUAAAACGUCAUUGAGUAUUAUCAGCUAGAUAUCAAAAGUUCUCUAUACCAAAAAUCGUGGAGUUAGAUGUCUGUCAUAAGCUGAAAUCAGUUUUUCCAUGUAGUUCCUUCAAUCCCAGCCAAGCAUCCUCUGCCUUCUGUUGGUUGAGGCAGGACUUUUUCUUCUCCGUCUUUGGCACCCAAACACAAACUGUUUAUCGAGGGAUCAUCGAGGAACUGCCGACCAAAUGGUGGUCAGCUGGUACUGCAUCGGAAAAACAGACAGUUGAGAUGGACACUGAGAAAGGACUGCAGACGUUCUGCAUUGAUAUUUACUGUUUUGGAGGACAUUGUUAGUUCUUUCUGCUAUAUGCUAUCCGUAUGUGUUGUUUAAUGUGAUAAACCUGCCAAAACUAACUCGUCGUUGAAACUAUUCACUCUACUUUUUUAAUACAAUGGGUCACAUUCAGUUGAUGCUUUUAUUCUCAAAGCAAGACUACUUAGUUGUCACCUUAUUUUUUUCAUUCAUGCAUUGUUUUUUUUUAAAUGUUUUACUGUGGGGAAGGGGGAAUUUUAUAAAAGGCCAUUGCAUGAUUCGAAAGACAAACACCAAGAAAAUAACAGAGUAGAAAGACGUGCACUCAGAGGCAUCUUGUUACUAAACACAGUGAAUUCACCAUAUUUUGAAGGCAGUUACUGUUACAGAAAUACAGAAGAGUUGUUUUGAAACCCAAGUUAAGUUUUUACGGCCACCGUCAUAUCCUGUCUUGUGAUAUCUCAUCACAGAUGCUGCCACUAUACUUCCUGUGUUGCUGGGGGAUUAAUUCAGAAGCUUGACAAACUUUAUGCAAAAACAUACAUUAGUUCUGUCACACUCAUUGUUACUGUUGUGCACCUGGGUUUAGUUUGUUGUAUGAUGAAAUGUACAUAGACUUACAGUAUAGCACAUUCUGCUUGUCAUUACCGAGCUUAAUUUGGCAAAGACGUGUUGACUCUUUAAAAACAUUUUUUUAUAUGAAUAUUGUUCGCACUUGAAUGAUUCUGAAUGUUACUGAGGUGCGUGUUUUACCUUUAACCUGCCUCUUUUCUAAGUAGUUUCUCUUCCAAAAUCAUCUAACCAGUUUCGCCUUUUGCUUAACUACAAUCAGUGUAUCUCAGCACCUUUUUAAAUUGUCAUGAUUCACAUACCAAGUCUGGAGGUGUGUAAGGUUUAAUAAAGUUAGUUUUUGUUUGUUUUUUUUGUCUUCCUUCUUAAAGUUGAUGUUGAGCAUAGCUUUGUGUGACUGCUCUGUAGACACAGACAAUCAUUCACUGUUUUACUUUUGAAACUUAAAAAAGGAACAUCCGUGUCUCUAAGACCAAAUUUUAUUUUAUUCAGCCAAAAAUGUAUGUCAUGUCCAAAUUUCUGUUGGUUGUUUCCCUCGUUUGCAAAAGUUGCGCAAUCUCUGAAAAUCUCUAAAAAAAAAAAAAAAAAAGUGAGACACACAGC